AUAACAGCAACUCCUCUUCUUCCUUUUAGUUUCCCUAACAAAAACCCCAAAGAAAGGCUUAGAAGUCAAACAGAGCUUAAUAGAAGAGUUGCGGAAAUGUGUGGACACCUACAAAUACCUCUUUAUCUUCUCUGUUGCCAAUAUGAGAAACAACAAGCUGAAAGAUAUCAGAAAUGCCUGGAAACACAGCAGGAUUUUCUUUGGAAAAAACAAAGUGAUGAUGGUGGCAUUGGGACGAGGGCCAGCUGAUGAGUACAAGGAGAACUUACACCAGGUCAGCAAACACCUAAGAGGUGAAGUUGGUCUCCUGUUUACCAAUCGCACCAAAGAUGAAGUGAAUGAAUGGUUCUCUCAGUUCAAAGAGAUGGACUUUGCCCGUGCAGGUAACAAAGCAACUUUCACAGUGAGCCUGGACACAGGGCCCCUGGAGCAGUUUCCCCACUCCAUGGAGCCUCAAUUACGCCAGCUGGGAUUGCCAACAACUUUGAAGAAAGGAGUGGUGACGCUGCUUUCAGAUUAUGAAGUUUGCAAGGAAGGAGAUGUACUGACACCUGAACAGGCUCGUGUCUUGAAACUCUUUGGCUAUGAGAUGGCAGAGUUUAAAGUGACCAUCAAGUGUUUGUGGCAUUCUGAGACGGGAGACUUCCAGCAGCUGGUGACAGACACAAAGGAAGCCUGUGAGAUGGAGGAGGAGGAGGAAGACAACAGUGAAAAUGAUGACUAACUGAAAGACCUGUGAUAGGACAUGAGACACUUUUUUUCUAUUUCAGAAUAGUCCGUGGCUCCUCACGCUCAGCUGCAGCAGGAGAAAGUUGAUCAACGAACAGACUUGCUAUUUAUCAGAGAUGAUGGUUUAUAUAUAAAAUUAAGUAGAAAGUUUG